AUGCACAACGAGAAGGUCUUCUCAGUUCGCUUCGAAGGUGAUGACGAGCAGGCAAACUUUUUCGGCCCGACGUCCACGACAGUCAACCGGCUUCGUACCCGACUUGGUUCACUCGUCUUUUUUCCGUGGGUUCAGCCGGAACAGGCGCGGUUUGUCUUCCAGCUGGACAAGUUCGAUGAGCGUACAGCGCUAUGUGCUCUCAUCAACCUUGCGAAGAAGGAGCGCUUGACCAACAUCCAAAAGCCAAGAUGGGUGAGAGGUGAUGGAUCGGUGGAUCCGCUGGUAAUGGGCCUGCCACGCAGCUGGGAGACUAUCUCGCAGAUCCCGGAGCAUGGCACUGUGUCCAUGAGCUACAAGUGUGCGCCGGAGGAUCGGAACUUCAAGGUCCGAAAGAGCUUCCUCCAAACAUACAGCAACUGGCCUUGCGACGUGAGCAUGGAGCAGGUGCUGUGGUGGGCUUCCACGAACGAAGUGCCAGUGGAUGUGAUGGAGUUUCUCGAGUUUAUCAUCGAACGGUAUGACAACGUCUAUGAGGCUUUCGAUGACAUCAAGAGCAAGAACGCACAGGUCCUGAACCACCGAGAUUUUGAGGAUGGCCUCAGGCGAGUGAAGUGCAAGAAGUUCAAAGGGCGGCGUGAAGGCGACAAGAUCACAGGCAUUUUCCGCUACUUGGAUCCGAGCGGUGAGGGUCAAGUCACUCGCAGUGAAUGGGGUAUACUCGAGCUUUGUCACAAGGAGAUGGUGUACUCGAUACAGGAGUUCGUCCACUUCUGCAGCCGAUCGUUUGGCAACGAUCUUAACGCUGCAUGGGCAGUCUUCGACGUGAACGGGGACAACUUCAUCUCUGAAGCUGAGUGGGUGACAGUGGCAAGAUCCUUUUCCUACUUCGGGCCAACACUACCCAUCUUCCGUUUCCUGGAUCGGGAUGACGAGGGAACAAUUUCCUUCGAGGAGUUCGAGGAGUUGCAGAAAUUUCGACAACCACCGCGGCCCGAUGUCCAGGCGAUGAUCCACAGCCGAGACAUGCUGCGAGCGAAUGGUGCUACCAUGCAGGAGCUGCCGGCAACGCGCAUAACUCUGCGAGCACGACUGGCGCGAGCACGGGCAGCUCUCGCAGGUGGGCGUCUUGCACCCCAGACAACUCUGGUCGACGAGGUCAUUCUGGCCAACUUGCAGGCCAUGCCCAAGUCCACUUCUUCUUCACUUGGUUUGCGUGUGGCAACUGCUUUACAGCGCCUGCUUUCCGCAUGUGGGGUCCAGACCGGCCGAAUCCGGGUGCUCAAAAUCAACUCGUUCAAGGAUGGACAGCGAGAGCUGCUGUGCGACAUCGGAAUUCCAUCAUCGUCGUCACCAUGUGCUGUUGUGCGACAUCUGGAGAGAGCUCUCUUCACUGAAGAGGCGCAGAGGCCCGAAUCAGUAAGCCUACUGCACGUUCUUCGAGCUGUCAGUGCCCAAAUCAGCACACUAAAGGUGGAAAUCAGGCCAUCCAAGGAAAGGCUGGUCAACAGCCUUCGCAUGGCCAUCCCCAAAACAGUCAUCCUCCCGAGAAGAGUGGAUGCUGUCAUCCAGGUGGCUUUGAAGUCUUCGAGGGUCUACAGGACUGUCUUGGAUUCGCUUCGCAAAGAGGAGCCAGACGAGCUUGCAAACUUGCUCAUGAGGCCAAACUUAUGUCUCCACGGUGGGCACCUCGUUGCCGAGGAGCCGCAGAUCUUGAAAGACACAACUUGGCACGGGGUGCGUGAGCUUUCUGGCUUGCUUGCCAUCAGUCAAGCAGCCCACUUGCAGCUCAAGGACUUCCUCGCCCCAGGCACAACCUGGGCGAGGAAUGCUUUUGGAGAGGCUGUUGCAUCUCGGCACCCAUGUCGGGGAUGGCAGUCUGGCCCAGAGUCGCUCAUCCCCAAUGCUCUUCAUUUUGACCCAGGCAUCAAGAAGCGGGAACAAGUUGUCGAGGAGGUUCUGCUGUCACAAAGAGCUUACGAGCUCCAGGACACAGCUGCACACGACCUGUGGGCUUCACGUCUGCACCUCUAUUUCGAUACGUUGGCAGAUCUUUGCCACGGUCUGGCUUGUGCGGAACGAGGGCUGGACAUACUUUGGCUUCGAAACAGGUUUCGCGAGCCAGAUUGCUUUGGGUAUCCGUGUGUACAGCUGGGAGUUCGACAACGGGUCCAAGAUCCGCGACAUUUGUCCAGGGAGUGUAUGUGGGAUCACAUCAGCAAGAUCACCUUCCAUCUCAAUUCCCUUUUCGAGGCCAAGACGGGAGAGGAGGCCGCGGAACUUCGCGAGGAGCUUCAUGCGGCGCUUGGUGCCUGCGGGAUUCGCAGCCAUCUGAGCACGGCCAAGGCUGCCGUUGCACAUGUUCUCGAUUGCACCGAACAGCGGAUGCGAGGGAGCUGCGAUGCGGAGCUUGAGCGGGUGAUGGCCUUUCUGGAGCGGUACUCAAAGGAGUUGGGUGAAGAGGAGAAAGGACCUGCAAAGGCACUGUUAGAUGAGGCAAUCCUCCAAGCAAGUAAAGCUGGUUGCGCGGUUGACGAGAUCAGGGCCAAACUUUCUCGCUGCCUCAGCCAGGAGGUUCGGAGCGCUUUGGGUGAGUCGGAGGUGCCAGAGGAAACAGCACUCGUCACUUCCUCCCAGCGCCCGGUGCUGACAAGGAUUCGGGCACUUGUGAGCAAGUUCAAAGUUGAGAUGGUACAGUUCUUUUUCAGAGAUGGCUCGAAGAAGGUGUAUCAGGCUCGAGCUUUGGUUGGAGACUCUCGUCCAAAGGAACCAGGUGCCACUGACACCUUGCCCAGCACGUCUCCUGUCCCAAAGGAGUGCGGAGGGGUUGCAGUUGGCAUGGCAGAAGCUGCUUGCAAGCUGUACCGUCGCUUGAUUUUCAUGACGCUUGCAGGACAUGUCAUUCCGGAAGACCAGUGCCACUCGGCAACAGCGGGGUUCUGGCCUGCAGUCCUGGAAUUGGUUCGCUCGGCCAGCUCUUGGCCAAUGGCCAAAUCCGAUCCAGGCAUCAAGCUCCCUUUGAAGCCAAAUCGUGCCGGAGCGAUCUCCGCAUUUAGCCUCAACUUCAUCGCUUUCGGCAGAACCAGGAAAUCGUCAAGGAGGCGUUGCACCUACGCGUCUCGGAGAAGCUUCAACGCGGUCUCCACUGAAAUCGGACCUCUUGGUAGACAUGGACCGAGCAAGAAGGAUUUGGAGGAUGUGGCGGCAGUUGUCGCUCACAACUUCUUCGUGGCAACGUUUGAUGCAGAUUCGAGAAACAAGCUACCACCGCCUCUAGGGCGACCUCUGCAGAAAAUCGUGGGACAGGUUUACGAUGACCUUGCCAUGCGCUACACCGCACCUGGUGGGUCUGCGUGCUUGCUCAUCGCACGAAGAGCAGGCUCAGUCGUCGGCUGUGUGGGCCUGGAAGUCAUGCCAUUCGAGGAGCUUCCCGUGUCCUCCCCUGCACGCGUUUCGAGCGUAGACGCCUCGUUUCGGCGAUUCCCAAGGCAACGAGUGGCCUACAUGUCAAACCUGUCUGUCUUGCAGAGCGCAAGGCGCCAAGGCCUUGGCCGGCAGCUGAUCCUCAAGGCUGAAGAGUGGGCGCGUGACGUUCUGAGAGUUCAGGAGGUCUUGCUGAUGGUGUGCUCAGACAACGUUCCUGCUCAGCGUCUUUACGAAUGCUUGGGAUACCUCCAGAUAUUCCAGGAUCCAUGGGCCGUCCGUGCAGUUCCAGCAGACGACGGAGAAAUCGACCGAAUUCGGGUGAUGAACUUCGGCUAUUCUAAGAGGCUCUCGAAGGUGCCCGAACGAAGCCCCUUCGAAUCUGCACGGCAAGCCAACUCCCCCAAUCUCGCACAAAUGCUUAGCAGCACUUGGUCUUCGCUGGCAUCCCAGUUAGGCUGGAUCCGAGUUGCGUGGGCUUGGGUGGACAUGGUGUGCUGCGAGGUUCAAAAGCACCGAAUGCGCAAGUGCGACGGUGGCAAUGGCACCAAUAGCCGUGAAACAGAAGAAAUUGCUUUCGACCUGCAAAAGUCCGACUACAUUGUCGCAGUCGAGCAGGCAGCUGUUGGAAACAGCGGCAGUUUGGGCGCUCAACUGCUCUUCAUCACCGCCAGCAGCCGAACACUCUACGUGGUGGGCCAAAGCCAUCGCAGGAGAGAGCCGUUGCCGAGCAGAGUUCGAGUGGAUGUUCAUGCUGGAGAACAGAUCGUUGGCCUGCAGGUAGAAUUCGGAAGGAUCAUUGGCGUCGAAACGGCCCUCGAGCCAGCGGUCGCUGAUUGCGACUCCGAUUUGCAGGAAUAG